AGUUCCUAGUCCCUAGUCGCGUUUUUACAGUCGACUGACUGCCGACGUACAUUCUGGAUACUUUGUCAUCAAUUUAUUCGCUCGACGCAACGUAUUUCUUAUUCGUUCGGACUUUACGGUAGUUUAUAGCAAGAGUGAAAACUACGCUUAGCGCUCGUUUAUUCGACGUUCGAACUGUAAAAUAUGUGUUUAUUAUCCUCUUAUUAACUCGUACUUGGUUCACGCCAUUUUAGUCUGUCACCAAACGUGCGGAAAUAAAAUUUAGUGCCUCUCUUCUUGUAUUCCUCCUCGCCGGUGGAAACAAUAGAAUAAAUAGAGUAUUCGACAAACAUUCCAUCGUAUCGUGAACGUCGUUUCACCGUGAAUUCGUGACCAAGAUUGGUUUAUCUUCAACGUACAUAUCGAGGCACUGUGCCCCUUAUUAAGAAAGGGGGAUGAUACACUGAAUAGAAAAGAAUUCCUGCGUGGACCGUUCACAAGGCAAAAAAAUAGAAAAUAUUGGUAGAAUGACGGCCAUGACGCAGGAAGAAAUUAUGGCUGGCGCCAGAAUUGUGGCCCAGGGUCUGGAAGCCCUCCGUGUUGAACACGGGGGACUUCUGCAAGCCCUGCAAACCCAGGACGCACCAGUCGCAAGAGAUAAAGCCAGCUUGUUAUCAAAGAAUAUCGAGAUGAUAGAGUUGGGCCUGGGUGAAGCACAGGUCAUGAUGGCUCUUGCCAAUCACCUACAAAUGGUAGAAGCUGAGAAACAAAAGCUCAGGACGCAAGUGAGAAGGUUGUGCCAAGAGAACGCUUGGUUGAGAGAUGAAUUGGCUGGAACGCAGCAAAAAUUACAAGCCAGUCAGCAAGCACUAGUCCAGUUGGAAGAACAGAAGAAACAUUUAGAUUUUAUGGAGAGUAUAAAGCAAUACGAUCCUGAUCCUUCUGCUGAUGACGAGAAUGCUAAAGAUCGGCCACCGGAUGAUCCUGUGGUCGAUCUAUUCCCUGACGAUGAUGCGGACGACCGAAACACCAUUUUACCAACACCGCCUUCGCAAUUUGCACAACAAGUAAACGCUGGAUAUGAGAUACCUGCGCGCUUGCGUACACUGCAUAAUUUGGUUAUACAGUACGCGAGCCAAGGUCGUUAUGAGGUGGCUGUCCCUCUGUGUAAGCAGGCAUUGGAAGAUUUGGAAAAAACUUCUGGUCAUGAUCAUCCUGAUGUCGCCACGAUGUUGAACAUCCUUGCUUUAGUAUAUAGAGAUCAAAAUAAAUAUAAAGAAGCAGCAAACUUAUUGAACGAUGCCUUGGCUAUUCGUGAAAAAACACUGGGUGAAAAUCAUCCUGCAGUCGCUGCUACGUUGAACAAUUUGGCUGUUUUAUAUGGAAAGCGAGGCAAAUACAAGGAAGCCGAGCCGUUGUGUAAACGCGCUCUUGAUAUCCGAGAGAAGGUUCUCGGACGUGAUCACCCUGACGUCGCAAAGCAAUUGAAUAACCUCGCGUUGCUUUGUCAGAAUCAGGGUAAAUACGAAGAGGUGGAACGCUAUUACUUGCGAGCACUAGAGAUCUACGAAGGCAAACUUGGACCGGACGAUCCUAACGUUGCGAAAACGAAGAAUAAUCUGGCAUCAUGUUACUUGAAACAAGGGAAGUACAAGGAUGCGGAAGUUUUGUACAAACAAGUAUUAACUAGAGCACACGAGAAAGAGUUUGGUGCUAUAGCCGGCGACAACAAGCCAAUCUGGCAGGUUGCUGAAGAAAGAGAAGAGAAUAAACAUAGAAACAAAGAGAACGCUCCAUAUGGAGAAUACGGAGGUUGGCACAAAGCUGCUAAAGUGGAUUCACCUACAGUCACGACUACUCUAAAGAAUCUUGGUGCAUUGUAUCGAAGACAAGGAAAAUACGAGGCAGCGGAAACUUUAGAAGAUUGCGCUCUCAGAUCACGAAAAGAGACAUUGGAGUUCGUGAAGCAAGGAAAAGUUGCGCAAAUUUUAGGGGAAGAAAAAGGAUCGACGAGACGCGGCUCGCGAUCCAGCUUGGCAAACAGCGAACACGAACAACACGACGAGGGCUCGCUGCCGCUGGUACAAAGGGCGCUACAUGAAGGACAGUCCGGCCACAACGACGCUAGUCCUAACAAACCCGGUUUUAAAAACAAGAUCUUCCAAGCUUUCGGGAUUCAUUCUUCCACGACCGGAAGUAUUACGUUCGUGCGCAAUAAAGGGAUACCCUGUAAGAGAGCUAUACGCGAAACGAUAACGCCAGGAUGAUAAAAAAAAAAAAAAGAAAAGGGGCU